AUGUGGAGCACCGCCGCAUGCAUGUCCCCGACGGUGCCAACGUUCGAGCAUGGACGCCAGCUGCGCCUCCUCAGCGGGUUGGCAGGGGAGCGAGUGUUCAAGCAUAGCGUUGUCGGGCCCAGGCGAUGCAACCUCAAGCGCACAAUCCACGCCUCUGCCACCACCUCUGGGUCUACUCUGGUGGAGGAGGAGGUGUACAUGGAACGUUUCAAUGGGUACAGGCGGCAAGGAGACUACACUCCAUUUGAGCUGAUCGAGUACACAGACAAGGCAAUGCAGCACGAGAUUGUCAUGCCGGUGGCUGCAGGGAUAGAAAAGUGCUACAGCAUCUGGAGUGACCGCCUGAACUGGUUGCAGUGGUUUGACAUGAUUGAAGAGGUGGGGUUCCAUGAGGAUGACCCCAGCCUCGUGUCUGCCUUCUACAUGUACCGAUGGGCCCGCACGCCUUACCUGGAGUUCUACACGACCUUCAAGAGGACAGAGGCCGAGCCAAACCGGUGCAUUCUGGAGGAACCAGUGGAGGGCACCCCUUUGGUUAUUGCAGUCCUCUUCCAGACGGUGGAGGAGGCCAGGGCUCAAGCGUCUGCAUCUGGCACAGUUUCCAAUGUCCUGGAGGGCAAGGAAGGCGGCACAGUCGUGACGCUGCGCAUCUCCUACCAGCUCGCAGUGGUCCUGGAUGAGUUUGCCGGGCAGCUGGCGGUGUAUGCUGACGUGGAGGAGAAGCUGAAGGCGUGCAUGGUGCGCAUGGCAGCAUUCAUCGAAAACGUGGAUGAGGCGGCGCUGGCAGAGUGCCGGGGCCAGGACCAGACCCUGAUCACUGAUGGCUUCCCGGAGCAGCGAGCGCGGAGGGGGGAGGUGGAAGCAGAGCGCCAGGCCGCCAUCGCGGCCCAUGAGGCGCGGGUGGAAAGCGCGCUGGAGUACGUCACGCAGGAGGGUCAGGUGAUGCAGGACGAGGCGACGGCCGCCAGCGAGGUGGCCGCCGAAAAGGCGGUGCGAGGGCGCAAACCCAAGAAGAAGGACGGUAACUGA